GUCGUUAAUUUAAUUGUUUCUUGUGAAUGCGCAUGUGCCUUGAAGACUUAUAAAAGGGUAAAGUUCCUGAGAUAGAGUGCCACAUUGUCAUCAUGUUGUCCACUUCAAACAUUGUCCUUCUCUUCGUUGCUGUCGUUGGUGUGUUUGCGCUCCCCGGGCAAAAAAGAAACAUCAUCACUGACAGCAACCGGCUAUGGUCAAAUGGAAAAGUCCCAGUUACCUUCGAUUCCAGUGUUGUUGGUUCAAUGAAAGAGAAGGUCCUUGCAGCUAUGCAGGAAAUCUCCUUUUCAACACAUUCUAAUGGUCAGACUUGUGUCCAGUUUGUCCCCAGAACACAGGAAAAGGACUACGUUGUCUUUACUUCAGUAGUUUAUGGGUCAGGGGACAGUUUGCCAGGCCGUCUAGGUGGAGUCCAGUAUGUCCACUUGUACCAAGAUGCUGCUAAAGCUGACAUUAUGCAGCUCAUUAUGUAUCUAUUAGGUUUCUUCAAUGAAUUCCGCCGUCCUGACAGAGACAGCCAAGUUACUGUUCAUGUCGACAACAUCGCUCCAGAAUACAGAGGAUUUUUCGAAAUUACAAACGAUACCACCUUCUUUAACUAUCCAUUCGACUUUGAAUCCAUUACCUUCUUCUUCCCAUAUGCCUGGGCCAUUGAUCCAUCCAGACCCACACUUACACCUAAAUACGACUCUGUCACAAUCCCAUACAAACUCUCCCUUAGCAAAUAUGACAUUCUGAACAUCCAGAGGGAAUACAAAUGUGGAGUUGAGAACGGAAAUCAGAUCGACCUGCUGGAUGGAACUGUUUCCUUUUGCAACUUUGAGUUUGAUCUAUGUGAGUGGACACAGUUGACAGAUGACGAUUUCGACUUCCAAAGAAUAAAGGGACCAGGUCCCAAUAGCAACUUUACUGGCCCAAUGGCUGAUUACAGCAGCGGAAAUGGCUACUACAUCUUUGCCGAAGCAACGGGCGAACAUAAUGAGGAAGCACGAGUUAUCUCCCCUACCCUGAAAGCCGGUGAAUACUGUCUCCGAUUUUACUACUUCUUGUACGGUCAAGAUAUCCACAAGUUCAGAAUUAACACAAGAGUGGGUGCAGUUGAUACCGUCCUGGACUCAUUGGAGGGGAAUCAGGGAGGAAGCUGGCACACGUACUCUAGAGAUAUUAAAAUGAACACAGACUUCCAGAUCUUCUUGGAAGCCAUCAUUGGAGGAACAGACAACGGGGAUAUGGCAUUUGAUGAUGUCUACAUCUUCCGUGGCCGCUGUAUAGCUUAAACUAGAUACAGUUAAAUUUAGCAUUGGGACUUACUAAUGUCCCAAAUGACUUACAUUUCUUUGAUCAAAGUUUUGUUUUCUUUGCAGUAACAUCGAUAGAACUCUCAAAUCUUUGUG